UAAGGUCCCAGGCAAUAGGUAGUUUAAUUAAGCAGAAAUCUUUCCAGCUGCUUAAUUCUUUAAUCAAUUUAACCAAUUUGGCCAAUUCUUUUCUUGAAGACAAAUCAUCAAGGAAGUAAAAGAAUCCAGGUGACCCAGUGGAAUCACAUCAGCUGGAUGGAGUCUACAACCAGUGCUCCAUCUGGUAGCUCUACUGCUGUCGCUGGUAACACCACUGCUGCUGACACCACCAGUGCUGCCACCACAACUGAAGCUCCUGCCUCCACGACCAGUGCUGCUCAAACCACCACUCGACUCAAGAGUUCAACAGAUGCUUCAUCUGAUAGCUCUACUGCUGGUGGCUUCACUGGUAUCACCACCACUUACGAUGAAAUCACUGAGGACAGUGACAUUGAUGAGGACACCACUGAAGCUCCUGAUACCAAGACCAGCGCUGCUCCAACUGGCCUUCUAAAGUGUAAAUCCACCUGA